AUGGAGAGCCACCAGGCAAUCCUUGACAACGUCACGAAUGCUACCGCCCGCCGUCGCGAGUCCGGCCCUGCUGCCCAAGCUGUCCUAAACCUCCAUCGGAUGCGGGGCGCUCGAAGCGCGGGUCGACGCCUACAGGACGCAAUCGGAAGUACUGAGAUUCGCCAACAACUCGAUCAAGAUAGAAUCAACAACAUUACGGCUACCAUGGAGCGGCAUAUCACCAACCAGGACGCAGAGCGCCACGCUCUCGAAGCGAAGGUCCGCCUGCUGGAGUACCUCUCUCGCCAAAAAGAUAUCAUGAUGGGGGCUUUGGAACAAACUCGCGAGGCAAAGGACGUCGAGAUCGCCAUUCUCGAGCGAACCCUACAACACAAACCGCACUAUUAA